AUGCAAACUUUUCGUUUUCUAUUAUGUACAAGACAGUUGUUACCGAAACACGAUUCGUACGAACAUCUUUCAGAUUUUAGUCAAGCGACAUUUUUUCAGACGGAUUUUGUUGGAGCAUCGCUAGUCGGAUGCAAUUUUAGUGGUGCUAGACUAGUUAAUCAAAAUACUGAUUCUAUAGGUACGAACCUGACAGGAUCAAUUAUACCAGAUGAACCAUUGAUAAGAUCGAAACUGUAUAAUUCUAUUUUGCCUAAUGGAACAUGGGGACCUAUUCCAAGCAAAAACUUGGUAGUUAAUGGUGAUGCCGAGCAGAACAUUAUAGCGAUGUUAGUUAUUUUCUAUAUAAGUUUUCUCGCAACAGCUGUGCCAGGAUUACUUAGUGCUCAUCAAAGCAAUGACAAUAUUGUCUCACUCAAUAUUGAAAAUGCUGAUUCUGGUCAAGCCAUUCCAUCAAUAAUGCAUGGUGUUAUUCUAGAAACGAAUAUUAAUCGAGGUGAUGAUGGUGGUUUAUACGCAGAACUUAUUUAUAAUCGUGCUUUUCAAGAGAAUGGUCGAUCAUUGGAUGGCUGGUUAAUCUUUGGACAAGCAUCAGCAAAUAUUAAUACAGAUGAACCAUUAAGUACUGCUCUACCUGCUCAAAUGAGAUUUUCAAUUAAUGCUCAAUCAAAUAACAUAUCUGGUUUUAGAAAUGGAGGUUUCGCUGGUAUAAAUGUAGCAGCUCAAAACUAUACAGCAAGUUUCUUUUAUCGACCAUUGACAAAUUCAUAUUUACCUGGUAAUACUUUGAGUAUUGGUUUUAGUGAUUCGACUGGUCAGAUUAUUUAUGCUAUGCAAACCGUUAAUGUAUCUAAAGCACCUAUUAAUCAAUGGUAUUAUUUUACUUUUAUUAUUACGGUUGUUAAUGCUGCUCCAACUUCAAAGAAUUUCUUCUUUAUCCAGUUUCCUUCAGGUAGUCAAGGUGAUUUUGAAUUCAAUUUAAUAUCAUGUUUUCCACCAACAUUUAAAAAUCGACCAAAUGGUGCUCGAAAUGAUAUUGCGCAGGUAUUUAGUGAUUUAAAACCUGGUUGUGUUCGACUCCCUGGUGGUGAUGAUCUUGAAGGUCUAUCGAUUCCCGAACGCUUUAUUUGGAAUAAUACAAUUGGUUUUCUUGAAAAUCGACCUGGACGAAGAGGCAGAUGGAUAGGUUAUAAUACACAAGGUUUCGGAUUACUGGAAUUAUUAACUUUUACUGAAGAUAUCGGUGCAACACCUAUUCUUGCAGUGUAUGCUGGUUACUCAGUUGAUGGUAAAGCUGUACCAGAAGAUCAAUUACAACCUUAUAUUGAUGAAGUAAUCAAUGAAUUAGAUUUCCUUACUGCAUCAGCAGAUAGCAAUAAAAUGGGUGGUCUACGAAAACGUUUAGGUCGAAGUCAACCAUUCGAUAUUCGUUAUGUUGAAAUAGGUAAUGAAGAUUUUAAUGGUUAUGGUCCCCAGACAUAUGGUUAUCGAUGGAGAGAUUUUUAUAAUGCUCUUUCUCAACGAUUUCCUAAUAUAACAUUUAUUGCAACAACAACCACUAGUAUUACAACUCCACCGGUUGUUGAUGACCAUAAUUACCAAGUACCAUUAUUUUAUAUAGAAAAUUUUCGUCGUUAUGAAAAUGUACCUCGACCAGGUCCAAAAGUACUUGUUGGAGAAUUUGCAGUUAUUAAUGAUGAUGAUUCGCAAAUGGACAAUCCAUGGGGAUCGGGUCGAAUAAGUUUUUCUUCAAUGAAAUCUGCUGUUGCAGAAUCUGUUUAUCGUAUUGGUUUUGAACGUAAUUCAGAUAUUAUCAUUGCUGGUUUGUAUGCUCCUAUUCUUCAAAAUGUUGAUAUUACACAAUGGACACCAAAUUUAAUUGUUUUUAAUGCUAGUUCAGUUCUUAAAACAACUUCAUAUCUUGCUCAAAAGAUCUUUGCUGAAAAUCUUGGUAAUAUUAUUCUUCAUUCUACAGCUACGAAUAGUACAAUGACACAUCAAUCAGUUCAACAAGGACAAGAAGGUGAUGGCAAACUUGGCAAUCUCUAUUUUAUUGCUACUAAAAAUACUGAUAACAAUACAUUAAUUGUUAAAUUAGCAAGUGUAGAUUCAAAUGAUACUAUUGUCAAAACUCAAAUUCAUGGUUCAAUGGCAUCAGCCACAGGUACGGCUUAUAUUUUAUCUGCUGGUCCAGGUGUUGAUCCUUCAAAAGUAGCGAAUACGAUGGAUAAUCCAAAUGCAGUAUCAAUUGUUACAAAAUCUAUUUCAUCAAUAAAUGGAACUUGGUCAAUAACUAUUCCUUCAUGGAGUGUUGUCGUUGUUACUCUUCCUCUUUGA